UCACGCGAAUCGAGCGAUCGCCGCCGCUUCAUUUUAAUUCGCCGCAGCUGACGAGUGACGAGUAGUCGGCGCGACCGCGUUCUACGCUUUUAAAAAUCCCCCUGAAAGACAGCAAAAUGUUCAUACGCGCGCGUUGAACUUGCAAAUACUACGUGGACGUAUGACAAUCAGUUUAUGGGAUGCGAGGAUAAAGGCGAGCCUCGCGAAUAGUCAUAAACGCGAUAGGCAAAGUGCGCGAGUGUGGGACACUUGAACAUACGAUCUAGGCCCUCGGAUUUCGUAAAAACAACUACUAGUCGUUCAUUGAUAUGAAUUACGAGGAUAAUCGAACAACCGUAAAAGUCGUCGUUGUUUAUAAGGGGAGGUUAUGAGGCUCGCUCAACACCAUCUUCUCUUCUGCACUUGUGUAUAUGUGCCAUAUUUACAAAACAUAUCGUUGACUGCUGCUGCUGCGCCUUGGCUUGUAUUCUCGCCGUGUACACAUGCCUGAAUAAGAUAAAUGUGAGUGCUUUGAUUGUGCCAUCCUCUGCACACAUCUAUACCAAAGUAGUUCUGAUUUUCUUAACUCGUCUUGGCCGAUCAUGAUCAUCGUUCGCUGAUGCAACGAGGGAACAAGUAGGAGAAAUAACGAGUCAGUAUAUCUGCAAAGCCAAAGAGUUGCGGGGCCUGUCUGCUCUUUGCGCAAAGAAGAUCAUUGCCUUUCGUGACACUGCCUGCUGCCUGUCUUGCCUUCGGUCAUCCGUGUGUGUUUAUGUAUAUACGACGAUAGUCGGCGUUUCGGAGCGACGAGUGCGAAUAUUGUUAUUGGCGAGACAAGGAGCGUCGCAAAUCAGACGCCAUGAUGGACGGUAUAUGUGAAACCAACGAGAUCAUCAACAAUGGUCCUGCCAAAAAGACCAUUUCCAAUGAGUCAUCGUUGGAUCAAACUGAAAAGGCAUUACAAGUUGACAUAUCUGAUGCGCUCAGUGAAAAAGACAAGGUCAAAUUUACCGUCCACACCAAGACCUCCUUGCCUGAUUUCCAAAAGUCGGAGUUCUUUGUUGUGAGACAGCAUGAGGAGUUUGUCUGGCUUCAUGAUCGCUUCGAAGAAAAUGAUGAAUAUGCUGGUUACAUUAUUCCUCCAUGUCCACCACGACCUGAUUUCGAUGCUUCAAGGGAAAAGCUGCAGAAACUGGGAGAGGGUGAGGGCAGUAUGACAAGAGAAGAGUUCAUGAAAAUGAAGCAAGAACUUGAAGCGGAGUAUUUGGCUACUUUCAAAAAAACUGUUGCUAUGCAUGAAAUGUUUCUAACUCGUCUUGCACAACAUCCAGUUUUCCGAAAUGACCAUAAUCUUAGAGUAUUUUUAGAAUAUGAUCAAGAUCUUUGUGUUCGAGGCAAAAAUAAAAUAGAAAUGUUUGGUGGACUCAUGAAGUCAUUUUCAAAAACAAAAGAUGAAUAUUAUUUAUCUGCAACUGUGAAAGAUGUCAAUGACUUUUUUGACCAAGAAAUGACAUUCUUGACACAAUAUCAUCAGAACUUGAAAGAAGCCACUUCUCGGUCUGAUAGACAAACAGCAAAACACAAGGAUGUGGCUGAUUCAUAUAUAAAAAUUUCAACUAACCUUUUGCAACUAGCUACAACAGACACAGGAAAACUUGAAAAAUUCAUGACGAAAAUUGCUGAAACUUUUGAAAAAUUACGAAAAGUCGAAGGACGCGUAGCAUCGGACGAAGAUUUAAAAUUAUCUGAUACUUUACGAUAUUAUAUGAGAGACACUCAUGCAGGAAAAAGACUAUUAAUAAGGAGAUUGAAAGCUUUGCACAAUUACGAAACAGCAAAUAGAGCUUUGGAAAAAGCACGAGCCAAAAAUAAAGAUGUUCACGCAGCUGAACAAGCUCAAACCGAAGCCUGCGCUAAAUAUGAACAGAUGUCCGAAAAAGGGAGAGAAGAACUUGUGGAUUUUAAGCAAAGGCGAGUAACGGCAUUUAGAAAAAAUUUGAUAGACCUUUCUGAAUUUGAAAUUAAACAUGCCAAGGCUCACGCUGAAAUGCUCAAAAAAUGUUUAUCUGUUCUCCAGAACGAGUAAAGAAAGUAAUUAAUUUUUAUUUAUCAAAGAAAAUGUAUGCAAAUAACGAUGUAUUUAACAGAUUACAAUAUUCUGAUAUUGUAAAAUAUAUUUUUUGUUAUUCUAUGCCGCUUCAGCGCGCUGAAUGAAAAGUUAGCUAUUAAAUAUAAUAAUAUAAUUAAAUGUAUUCGUCGUAAAUAAUUGGUCAGAAAGUGAAUGCGUUUUCUACAUAAUUUUUUGAAGCUGUAAAAAAAUAAUUAUAAAUGUAGCUUUUUUAUUAUCAAAAGAAAGACUUUCACACAAUUUAUGCUGCACGUGCAUGUAAACGCGCAUUUGCAUAAUAGUAACUCUAAUAUUGAUCAAGUGGUGAAAUUUAUAAUAUUUUUAAAAAGCAUUUAAAAAUCUUUUUAUCUGUUGUUUAUUCUCAAUGAUUCUUUAUAACUAUUGUCAUAUGUAAAUUAAAAGCUAUCCAUGUAAAAAAAAUAAUCUUAAGACUUUAAAUACUUUAUAGUAAUCUAUUAUUAAAUAUUGUAAUGUUUUCAUUGUUAGGAUGUAAUAAACAAACUUGACAUUUGUAAAUUAAA